AUGGCGACGAGGCGAAGCGAGGUCAGCAUCGAUCACGAGCGCAUAGCGGCCCUUGUACUGGAGACAUAUCUCAAGCACCUUCCUCCACGCGGCGCCAAACCAGGCAUCAAGUCGAACAACCGCCUCGAAUGGACCGUCCUCGCCGCGUUUGUCCUAUCCUACCCUUUCCCUCAGCAGGACAGCCAGUACGCGGUCGUAUCGCUAGCUACAGGUCUCAAGUGUCUCCCAUGCGCAUCGCUGCCGCCGAACGGGGAUGUGCUGCACGACCAGCAUGCUGAGGUGCUCGCUAGGAGAGGUGCUCGGCAGUGGUUGCUCCAGCGGCUCCAGGAAGAGGUCAAGGCGGGUGCUGCGAGUGGGCCAACACUCUUUGAGCAAGUAGAAAGUGACGAAAGCGCGAGAAGGUGGAAGCUGAAAGCCGGCGUCCGGCUGCACCUGUACGUAUCAACGCUGCCCUGCGGAGACGCCUCCAACAAGCUGCUAGACUUUCAGCGUGCUGCGCAGGAUCAAAUAGCAGGCAGGAGCGACGUGCUCACAACUGCAGAGCUGCUCGAACUCGAACUUCAACACUCCUUUGAAGCUGUAGGUGGUGGUAGCGGACAAAGUAGCGUCGUGCGGGGCCGUGCCUCGUCCUCACAUUCACAAGCUACGAAUCCAAGCCCAGGCUCGCUUCGCACCAAGCCCGGGCGUCCAGAUUCACCACCUUCGAUAUGCAUGUCGUGCAGCGACAAGAUCGCCCUUUGGAACGCUCCUGGGAUCGGCAUGCAGGGUAGCUUACUGUCAUUGCUCUUGGAUCCCAUCUACGUCUCUUCGAUCACGAUCUGCGACCAUCCGGUGCGACACAUCUUUCCGACCUUUCCGACCUCCAGCGUAGCCGACGCAGAAUCGAGCGACCAGCAAAGAGAAGCGUUGAAAGAAGUACUGGCGAAGGACUGCGAACGAGCACUCCAACGAGCGCGUCCAGCAGAUGACGGUAACGCCAUCGCCGUAGGGUGGUCGACGACCCCAUUCCCAGACAGCAAAGAGGCUCAGAUGGAGAAAGCAUGGUCCACCUUCGAGUCGCAAGCUUCCGGUCUGGAUCCCGCCGAUCAUCACAGCGUGUUCAGAGCAAACCACGAACCGGAAAGCUGUCCCAACUCGGUCCUCUUCAUCUCUCACGCUUCUCUCGAGCCCGGCAAGGGCAAGAUCGAGAAUCUUGCAACAGGCACGAAGAUGGGCGCGCCAACGAAACGACCCAAGUCGAAGGAGGGGCAGCAGAGCGAGCCGCUCAAGCCGCCAGCAAGGUCAGGCGUGUGUAGGCUGAGCUACUUUCAGUCCUUCAUAUCGGCGUACGACUCGAUGAUGGGCACAGCGAUGCGCACAGAAAGCAUGCUGUACAGCGAUGCAAAGGCGGGUACCUUUGGUGAAGGGACGAGAGCGUACAGAAGGAGGAAAGAUGGGUUGCUGGGCAGGAAGGGCGACGUGGCUGUGGAGGCCUUUCUGCGAGGAGCGCGCAAUGGCACCGGCAUCAAGGACUCAGCUCAGCCUCAGGACGUGCCUCCGGUGAGCGACAGUGAGAGGACUUUCAACGGGUGGCUCAGGACUCCAGACACCUUAUCGAGGUUUGAUCUGGAUGGCAGAACGUUCACACACUCACAUCGACGUAAUUGA